GAGUGGAGCUUUGUAGAAGCUGGAGCCUGUCUCGCUGCUGGGCGUCUGCGUUUCAUUCCCUGUCAAAAGCCUCUCGGAGCCGGCGGAAAAAAAAGCAGGGAAGCGCCGAGCCGCAGCGCUCGCUCGGGAUCAGAUAGCAAGAAAACCAAUAGCAGGGAGAUAAAAAAAAAAAAAAAAAAAAGAGAGAGAGAGAAAAAAAUCCCAGCCCACCCUCCAGCACGCCGAGCCUGAAGCAGGCGGGUCGCUGCCGAGCGCCCGGCGCGCAGCCGAGCGCCGCGGAAGCCUGUGCCCGGCCCGGGCGGCACCGAGCGCGGCCCCGAGGAGCUCCGAUGGCACUUUGGCACCCAUGGGUCUGCCGGCAUCUCGCCGAGCCCGGCCGAGGGCGACAGCUCUGAGAGCACGCAGGGAGUUUGAAGCGAAAUUCACCUGAGUCUGGAUCUCUUGGCUCGCUGGGAUUUAUUCCUUAUUAUUAUUAUUUUUUUUUUUCUGGAGCGGAAGAGAAGGGUGGCAGGAGGAAACCGAACCGAUACAAAGCAUUUUUUUUUUAAUCUCCCUCUUUUGUUUUGUUUGUUUGUUUGUUUGUUUGUUUUUUGGAAGAAGGUGGUUUUUUUCCCCCUCUCCCCCCCCCCCACCCCGCCGGCGGGUGGUUGCGAUGGAGGGGUUGGGGCUGCGCCGAAGGAGCAGCAGCAGCAGCAGCAGCAGCCGCCGCCGCCGCCGAGCGCCGGCGCCGGGCGCGAGCAGCGCAGCCGAGCGGGGGGCCCUCGCCAGCUAACUCGCCAGGACGCCCGGCCCCGCACCCCCGCCGGCGCGGGGGCUCCAUGCGCUGAGAGAGCCUCUCACGGGAUCCGCUUGGUGACGCAGCGGCCAAGACGUGGAAGCUUGGGACUUCUCUUCCACCGCAACAGAAUUUGGGGGGUGGGCAGGGGUGGGCCACGGGGACGCUGGAAGUCAGAAGACAAUUUUCCUUCACUGUGGGCUUGGCUCAGGGAUGACUGCAGGCCGAGUCAACCCUUACAGCAUAGUGUCCUCCGAGGAAGACGGGCUGAGGUUGACCACCAUGCCAGGUAUCAACGGCUUUGGCAACGGGAAAAUCCACACCAGAAGGAAAUGCAGGAACAGGUUUGUAAAGAAGAAUGGCCAGUGCAACGUGGAGUUCACCAACAUGGACGACAAGCCUCAAAGGUACAUUGCAGACAUGUUCACCACAUGUGUUGACAUUCGCUGGAGAUAUAUGCUAUUGCUCUUCUCCCUGGCAUUUUUGGUGUCCUGGUUAUUGUUUGGCCUGAUUUUCUGGCUAAUUGCACUCAUUCAUGGAGAUCUAGAAAACCCAGGUGGAGACGAUACCUUCAAGCCUUGCGUUCUGCAGGUCAAUGGCUUUGUGGCUGCUUUUCUGUUCUCCAUUGAGACCCAAACGACUAUUGGUUAUGGAUUUCGCUGUGUAACGGAGGAGUGCCCGCUCGCCGUCUUCAUGGUGGUUGUGCAGUCCAUCGUGGGGUGUAUAAUAGACUCUUUCAUGAUUGGUGCAAUAAUGGCAAAAAUGGCCAGGCCCAAAAAACGGGCCCAGACAUUACUUUUCAGCCAUAACGCGGUAGUGGCAAUGAGAGAUGGAAAACUCUGCCUGAUGUGGAGAGUUGGGAACCUUCGGAAAAGCCACAUAGUAGAAGCCCAUGUACGAGCUCAGUUAAUUAAGCCCAGGAUCACAGAAGAAGGGGAGUACAUACCACUUGACCAAAUAGACAUCGAUGUGGGGUUUGAUAAAGGCUUGGACCGUAUCUUCUUGGUGUCCCCCAUCACCAUUCUCCAUGAGAUCAACGAAGACAGCCCGUUGUUCGGGAUCAGCCGCCAGGACUUGGAGACGGACGACUUUGAGAUCGUGGUCAUCCUCGAAGGCAUGGUAGAGGCCACUGCCAUGACGACACAAGCUCGGAGCUCCUACUUGGCCAGCGAGAUCCUGUGGGGCCACCGCUUCGAGCCUGUUUUGUUCGAGGAGAAAAACCAGUACAAAGUAGACUAUUCCCACUUCCACAAAACCUACGAGGUCCCGUCCACCCCCCGCUGCAGCGCCAAGGACUUGGUGGAGAACAAAUUCCUGCUGCCUAGCACCAACUCCUUCUGCUACGAGAACGAGCUGGCCUUCAUGAGCCGCGACGAAGAAGAGGAAGAUGAUGACAGCAGGGGUUUAGACGACCUGAGCCAGGACAACAGGCACGAAUUCGACCGGCUUCAAGCCACAAUAGCGUUGGAUCAGAGGUCGUACAGGAGGGAGUCAGAAAUAUGACGCUUGGCCCUUUCACUAACUUUGCCGAGGGUAUUUUUUUUCCUCCUCUAAUCUCUUCCCCUCCAACCCGCUCAAAUUAUGCAGAACAAUGCAAGUGCCAUAGGAAUGCUUGAGAAA